UACCUUGUUCUCUAAAUAUCCUGGGUUUUUUGUUCGUUUGUUUGUUUGCAGGAAUUGAUAGUCGGUACAACGAAGGCUGCCGGGAGCUCGCCAACUAUCUCCUCUUCGACUUGUACAGCCAGAACAACAACGAGUUUGAGAGGGCAGGAUUCCCCGAAGAAGUCCUGGACGAUGUGAUCCUGCUGGUGAAGCCGGACAGCGUCCAUCUCUACUGCAACCCGGUCAACUACAAUUACCUUCUCCCCAACGUGGCGUUUUGGAGAAACCUGCAUUUCCACUGCCUGACGGAGACGGAGGAGCCAGUGGCUGAGCAUCUGAACGUUGAUCAUUGUGACCACCAGGAAGCUGCCAUGGUCAUUCAGUGUGGAAAAGGGUCCUAA